GGAACGUAAUCUAACCUCAUUUCUCCAAACGUUUCAUAAACGUUUAUAUUUUGAGUAAAAACGAAGUAUUAGGAAACUUAAAUCAUUUAUGUGAAGCGCGUGUGAAUAGACUAUUCCUAUAAUGAAUAAAUGUCUCAAGCUAAGGAAUUUAUUAUAACAUAUAUUUAUUGAACUGAGGCAGUAGUCACAGAGCAACAAUGGCAGAUUUAUUUGUUGCUGUCGUCUGUUCUUCGAACAUGAACCGUAGCAUGGAAGCUCACGCAUUCCUGGCGAAGAAGGGGUUCAAAGUGAAAUCAUUUGGUACGGGAGAAAAAGUGAAACUGCCGGGUGCAUCGGCCGAUCGACCUAAUUGUUACGAGUUUGGAGUUCCGUACGAUGAUAUCUAUAACGACUUGUUGGACAAAGAUAAGACAUACUACACCCAAAAUGGAUUGCUACACAUGUUAGAUAGAAAUCGAAGAAUAAAACCAUGCCCGGAGAGGUUCCAGGAUUGCAUUGACCACUUUGAUGUGAUCAUCACAUGUGAAGAAAGAGUAUAUGAUCAAGUAAUUGAAUGGCUCGGGUCAAGGAGGUCCAUUCACAACCAGCCUAUGCAUGUAAUCAACAUCGACAUACAGGACAACCAUGAGGAAGCGACUAUCGGUGCAUUUCUCAUCAGUGACAUGGUUUCUAAGAUGGCACAGAGUGAUGACUUGGACAAUGAUAUUGAUGAAUUAUUACAUGAAUUUGAGGGAACAUGCCAUAGACCCAUUUUGAAUUGUAUUAUGUUUUAUUGAUAUACUUUAAAUCCAUACCCAAUUGA